AGAGAGCUGCUGUUUUUAUUAACAAACUUAUCUGUAGGAGCUCGUCCAUGGACAACAUCCAGUUCACACAGAUGGGCGCGCAUUUCACAGUAGCCAUACACGCCCAAAGAGGACGAGACUGGAUGAGGUUGAGCUGACUGGCAUCUUUAGAUGGAUGGUCCUUAGUCCAAUCCUUUCAUUUUACAGGCGGGGAGGCGGAGGCUUGGGGAGGCUAAGCGCGUUGAGCUGGCGGCGAAGCGGAGCUUCCACUAGGGCUCCCAGUUUCCCUGCACCGCGCCCGCUGUCCUCCGGGCCAACCGUCCCACCCGACCGCGCCACAGCUCUAGCCCGCGCUCCAGCCCGCGCGUCACCGACGCCCGCAGCCUCUCCCACCUCUAAGUUCCAGGAAGCUCUCGACCUCUAGCUGACCGAUUGCUGCUGAGCUUCCCUGGGGAGGAGGCGCCGAGGUGCCCGGCGCUGGCCGAGGUAGGGCUAGGCCUCGCGGGCAGCAGGCGGGAGAAGGAAGGGCGGUGGGGCAGGUCCCGGCUGAGCGCGGCAGUUGUGCGCACUUGGGUUCUUCACGCGGGACACACGUGGAAGGCCGACCCCUGCGCCCCGGCCGCUGGCAACUGGCAGGGCCGGGAACAGAAAGUGUAGGGACAGAAGAGCGCUGGAGUCUUCCCCGGGAGGGAGCCCGGGGCCGCAGCCCAGGGGCGGGGAGCGGGGCGGGGCUGGGAAAGUUGAGUACUGGUCGCUCAGGGCCGGGCUCCGCCGGAGCGCACGGCGCAGAAACCGUAAAAGGCUGGACCGGGCGGGGUAGGUGUGGCUCUGCCUGCGUGACCUGAGCCCCGGUCCCAGUCUCUGUCGUCUCCCGCGGCCGCAGCCUCUCAGCCAUGGGCGCCGUCUGGUCCGCCCUGCUGGUUGGAGGGGGUCUGGCCGGAGCACUUUUCGUUUGGUUGCUGCGGGGCGACCCUGGAGACACCGGGAAGGACGGGGACGCGAAGCAAGAGAAGGACGCCCCUCUUGGGGCAGCUGCGGUUCCGGGAGGCCAUCAGAGUGGCAGCGGCGGACUGAGCCCCGGACCUUCCGGGCAGGAGCUGGUCACCAAACCAGAGCAUCUUCAAGAAAGCAAUGGACAUUCGAUUUCUAAGACCAAAGACCUUGGUAACCUGCAAGCAGCAUCAUGGAGAUUGCAGAAUCCUUCCAGGGAAGUCUGUGAUAAUUCAAGAGAACAUGUUUCUUCUGGACAGUUUCCAGACACAGAAGCUUCAGCUACCUCUGAGACCAGUAACUCUAGGAGUUACUCUGAAGUUUUAAGAAAUGAAAGCCUCAAAUCUCCUAUGGGAGAAUGGGGAUUCCAAAAAGGACAAGAGAUAUCUGCUAAAGCAGCUACAUGUUUUGCAGAGAAGUUGCCUUCUAGCAACCUGUUUAUGAACAGAGCUAAAGAAGAAGCGAGCCUCUCUCAUUUGAACAGUCAGGACCGGGUUGACCACAAGGAGUGGGAAAUGGUGUCUAGGCACUCAUCUUGGGGGGAUGUUGGUGUGGGUGGCAGUCUUAAGGCUCCAGUGUUAAGCCUAAACCAGGGAAUGGACAAUGGAAGAAGCACUCUGGUGGAAGCAAGAGAUCAGCAAGUGCAUGGGAAAACAGAAAGGGUAGCAGUGAUGCCUGCAGGGUCUCAGCAAGUUAGUGUCAGGUUCCAGGUCCAUUAUGUCACAAGCACUGAUGUGCAAUUCAUUGCAGUAACUGGAGACCAUGAGUAUCUUGGGAGAUGGAACACUUACAUCCCACUCCACUAUAACAAGGAUGGGUUCUGGUCUCAUUCCAUUUUCCUGCCUGCAGAUACAGUGGUGGAGUGGAAGUUUGUGUUGGUAGAGAAUGGGGGAGUUACCCGCUGGGAAGAAUGCAGCAAUAGAUUCCUAGAAACUGGCCAUGAGGAUAAAGUGGUUCACGCAUGGUGGGGGAUUCACUGAUUCAGUUUGCAAAGGAUUGGAGAAGCUGUAGAACAAUGUGGAAGAGGCUGAGGUUGUGGAACACACUGAAUAAAAUAAAGGCAGUGUGACUCCAAAUUCAGCCAUCCGAAUUGUUUCAAAUUUGCUAGUGGCCUUUGUCUAAUGUGCAGAAAUAUAUAUGUGU